AUGCCGAGGUGGGAAAAUGCUUCGGAGGAGUUUCCAAAACUGGACCAGUUGUCAGGAAACGGCACCUUCGAUGUGUUAGUCAUCGGAAACUCAUAUGUCCAGCGCUACCGGCAAUGGCCGGAAAAGGUGUUCAGGGGGCGAUACCGGAAGUUCUAUCAAACGCAGGUGACAACUUGCGUGCCGUUUCUAAACUACACCGGAAUCGACUGGCAGGGCCCUGGAUGUGAAAAGUUUAGCGCGAGGAUUUUUGAUGCCGUUGAUAGGAUGCGACCAAAGAUAUUGGUUUUGAUAUUAGGUUACGGUCUCGCUAACGACUUGAUCACAAAACAUUAUGACGAAAUGCUUCCCACUGCCAUGCAACUCGAUGUUUUGCGAGGAUGGAAUCCACUG